AUGGCUACCCCAGCAGACGCAGACCCUGUCUUUUCCACUCUCGGUCCACGCAUGUCACUCUUCACACCCCAAAACCCUGCAGCCGACCAACUCGUCAUCCUCUGUACUUGGCUUGGUGCUGGGAAAAAGCAUAUUGCAAAGUACGCGGGCGGAUACCGCAAAAUUGCACCGCGUGCCAAAAUCCUACUCAUCGAAUCGACCGUCUGGAUCAUCGCUAGCCCUUACCCUAGACAGUGGGAAGUCAUCAAACCCGCAGCAGAAGUAGUCCGUGCAGUACUAUCUGAUUGCGGGGACCUAACGGGAAGCUCGGUGAAACCGAAUAUCAUGAUCCACACCUUCUCGAAUGGUGGUAACAACUCAGCCACGCAGCUGCUUAUCGUGCUGCAAAAACAGCUCGGUUAUGCACUUCCGGUGAUCGGGAUUCUAUGCGAUAGUGGACCGGCGCGUGGAACAUAUCGUAAAUCCUUCCAGUCCAUGCUUCUUUCACUACCUAAAGGCCUCUUCUGGCGUCUUAUUGGACCCAUCGUUAUCUUGUUUGUCACCAACGUGCUAUUCGGCUCUCAGCUCAUCGGAUGGGAAAAGCCUGAGAGAAUAUACCGACGGACUCUGCUGGACCAGAAGUUCGUAAACUGCAGGAGAAUCUGCUACGCCUUCUCCAAGGCCGAUUCGCAUGUCGACUGGGAUGACAUUACGAGCCACGCCGAUGAUGCACGACGCAAGAACUGGGAUGUAAAGGAGCUAGAAUUUGCAGACACACCGCACUGCAACCAUAUUUCAAAGUAUAGGGCAGAGUAUUUUCACGCGAUGGGUCGGGUGUGGGGGGGUGGAUCCCUGGCGCCUGCAUCGCGGGCGCUAUUGUAA